CCUAAACAAAUAGACAGGAUUUGAGUUUUAAAGAAAAUGAAAUUAUUACAAGUUUUAGCUGCCUCUGUUGCCGGAUUAAUUGUCGUCGCUCUCACCACAACCUACCGACGACAUGCGAGACGACGUGCAAAGAUAGUUAGAAAGCAGAAGAAGUUGAUUCCACUCCUAAAAAAGACGAAAUCUAACGAUCUUAUAGAGAUUGAAAAGUUCUCCCACUACGUUGCAAGACAGAUUGGAUUUAAAGAUGCUAAUGAAGUUCCAGUAUUAUGUAUAUUGGCCCAAGACUUUCUGAAAAGAUCCAAAGAAUGUGAUGAAAAUAUCUUUGAAUACAUUUGUAGUGUCUAUGGCUAUCCUUGGGAUUUAUAUACGAAACUCAUAGAUGAGUUUGAGAGAUGCGUUAACACUUAUUUAGCAUUUCACUGGAAUCAAGUUACACAUCUCAUUAGUUUGGCUUUAAGGGAAGAGUCUCCACAUACAAAAAAAUUCAAGAAAAUUAUAUUGGAAGUUAUGAGAAAACAAAGGUUUGAAAGGGUUCAAAGACAACAAAGGUUUGAAAAGGUAAGCAAGAAUAUGCAGGUGAAAACAACAAAUCAUGACACGGAUACGAAGAUACUCAGUGAAAGGCGUCCGGUGUUACUACUUAUAGGAGGUGGCAUGGGAACCAAAAAGACUUUUAUCUUUGAAGAUAUUAUUAGAGUAGUAUUUUGCUAUGAAGGAGCUAAAAAUCCUGUGGUAGUUGAGACAAAUGUCUUUAAUGAGACUGAAAUCAUAUAUAUGGCCCUUAAUUCAAGAGUUCACCAUGAUGACAUGCUCCAAACUGCUGAAUUGAUGCAUCAAUCUUCCACCCAUGUUGCAUUAUCUAAGCUUGUGACAGCUCUAAACGAGGGUCGAGAUGUAAUCAUGGUUGAUACAUUAUCAUGUGAGUCGUUUGUAAAGCAGACUAUUGUCAUGGCAAGAAAUAUUCACAAAUACCGAUAUCGAAUGGGAGUAGGAUAUAAAGUAGCUGAAGAUGGAACCGUCACUGAAAAUUACUGGGAGAAAUUACAUGACACAGAAGAAGAAAAUCAAUCAAAAGGAAUUUCUAACGGAGAACCAUGCACACAAAAGCCUUAUGAAAUUUUCCUACUUGGCAUGGUUUGUGAGAGUUAUCUUGCUAUGGUUAAAAUCAUUAGCAAAGCUAUAAUAACAAGGAGUGCAGUGAACGUAAAUUCACAGUUGAAAUAUCACAAAAUGUUUGCUAAUGCAUUUCCAAGAUAUUGUGAUCUUGUUGAUAAAGCCAUACUCAGCGGCGCAGAUUUUGUUGGUAGUCCACCAAAUGUUAUAUGGAGCAUCUUCCAUGAUGAGGAUCGACAGGAAUAUAUUAAAAAAACCAAGCUCUUAAAAGAAUUGAGCGAUUUGAAUGUUGAAGCUGAUUCCGUCUACGAACUUAACAAGAAACCCAAUCGCAUAAUGGAACCUGAUUCUCUUUGGAGUAAGAUUGUUGUUCUAUCACCUUCAAGAAAACGUGAUCAAAUGGAAUUGAAGAACUCCAUUGAAAGAAUAGAGAGAUCAUUAAAAUAUAUGACCAAAUUAUUUUGUGAUACGUUGGAGCAGCAUUAAACUAUCACUAUAGGUUUUGAGGUUUAGUUUGAUAUUUGUUAGUAGUAUGGAUUUAAGACAGGGAAGAUCACUGUAUCGUUUUCAUGGUAACAUCUAUAAGUCAAUUAUUUGAUGCAGCUUAUAAGCGGUAUAAAACAAAAUUUGAAA